GCCCCAGAUGACCUUGGCCUAGGGUACUCUGACCACCACCACCCCGCUGCCGCUGCUGCUGCUGCUGCCUCCCGCCCACAGCUCUGCGAGGGGGUGACCGUGUCAUUCACCGCUGGACUUUGAGAGGGCCAAAGACUCUGCUUGGUUCUCUGUGCCUGUCUCUGAACAGCACCUGCUAAGGUUCCCGGCUGAGACUGUCAGGGCACUGCCCCCAGGAAGCUGCGACCCCACAAUGAUGACCUGGGGUGUCUUCGGGAUCCUGCUUGGAUUGCUGCUGUGGCCGGAGCCAGGGAGAGCCUCUUUGCCCUUGAACAUGGAAUCUGUAAUCCAGGCCCUGACCGAGCUGGAGCAGGAGGCACCAGCCACUGAGGCCAGACACACAGCCCCCGCAUGGCUGUUGUCAGUGCAGGACGCUGGCCACCGCAACCCACUCCGUGGCUUCCUCCUGGAGGCACCAGAGUUCAAGGCUGCGGCGCGGGAGCCCCGCCCACUGAGCCCCGAGCUCCUAAGCUUCGUGGAGGAAGUUACCAGACAUGAUGUACGGGACGGGCAGGAAUAUGGGGUGGUGCUGGCCCCUGAUGGCUCAACCGUGGCCGUGGAGCCUCUGCUGGUGGGGCUGGAGGCAGGGCUGCGGGGGCGCAGGGCUGUGAACUUGACCUUGGAUAGCUACGCUGCUGCGUCCUGGGGUGCUGGAGCCAGCUUCCCAGCAGACCAAGCCGAGUCCCCCAAUACUAUGGACAGCCUCCUGGUGGCUACCCUGGCUGGAGACCUGGGCCUGACCUUCCUCCAAGACCCCCAAAUCCCGAGCCAGCCAGGCCUGGGAACGGAGGGCUGCUGGGAUGAGCUCUCUUUCCCAAGGAACUUCACGCUCCUGGACCCCAAGCCGUCAGCACUCACCAUGGCCUUCCUCAAUGGUGCCCUGGAUGGGAUCCUCCUCGGAGACUACCUGAGCCGGAACCCUGAGCCCCGGCUACCCCUCAGCGACCUGCUGGGCCAGUACUACGGAGCUGGGGUUGCGGGAGACCCGGGACUCCGCAGCAACUUCCGACGGCAGAAUGGGGCCACUCUGGCUUUGGCCCCUACCCUGGCACGGCAGGUGUUGGGGGCCCUUGUCCUGCUACAGGCCCUGGAGCCAGCCCACCCCCAGCUGCAGAAUAUGAGCCAAGAACAGCUGGCCCAGGUGGCUACCCACGCCACCGAGGAGUUCACUGAGGCCUUCCUGGGAUGCCCCGCCAUCCACCCGCGCUGCCGCUGGGGCGCAGCGCCCUACCGGGGCCAUCCGAAGCCACUGCAGCUGCCGCUGGGGUUCUUGUACGUGCAUCACACGUACGUGCCGGCGCCAGCCUGCACCGACUUCGCGCACUGCGCCGCCGACAUGCGCUCCAUGCAACGUUUCCACCAGGACACGCGUGGCUGGGACGACAUAGGCUACAGUUUCGUGGUGGGCUCGGACGGCUACGUGUACGAGGGCCGCGGCUGGCACUGGGUGGGCGCACACACGCUCGGCCACAACUCCCGCGGCUUCGGCGUGGCCUUCGUGGGCAACUACACGGCAGCGCUGCCCACCGAGGCCGCGCUGCGCGCCCUGCGAGACCAGCUCCCCGCCUGCGCGCUACGCGCCGGUCUCCUGCGGGCCGACUACGAGCUGCUCGGCCACCGCCAGCUCGUGUCCACCGACUGCCCGGGAGACGCGCUCUUCGGCCUACUGCGAACCUGGCCACGCUUCGCCGCCACUGUGAGGAGGAGAACGGCCAGGAGGAGCUCUCGCAGACGGAACAGAGCCCACCCCUCAAGGAGCAUCCCCCCCACCGCAGACCUCCAAUAAAGAGACCCUGGAGAGAAAGCA